UACUCAUAUACAGCCGACUCACGAGGUUCCUACAGGGUUAAGUGAAAUGCGCCGCUAUGACGUCAUCCCGGAGCGGGGCUGUGACGCGUGUGAUCCGGAGCGCUCGCGCCGUCGGGACUCCCCCGUGAUGAAGCGCAGUCCCGGUGAACAUGAAACAUCUCCCGGGCUCUCGGAAGACUACGGAAUAAAGUGUCGGGAUCUCUCGUUCUCUCUCUGUCUCUCAGGUGCUGUUUUGUCUGAGCGGCUCAUGAGCGUGUUUGAAGUUCUGGAGAUGGACGGAAGAGACUCUGCUUUUCUUGCCACGAGGAGCAGAUUACCCAGAGACCCCAGUGUGGUGGGCGGAGUCUGUACGGGGAAUGAAGACUCCUCCCCCUGCAGUAGCCAGGGGGAGGGGCCAGAUGCCAAGCAGCUGGAGGACGUGCUGUGUGAGCUGGGAGCGGGGGCGGAGCUUAACCUGGAGCUGGACUUGAGGGUGGAGCCUGAGGACAGCAUGCAUCUGCAGGGGGAGGGGCUUAGCUGGGAGACGAACGAGCCAGAGGCCAGUCCUGAACUGACAGCAGCCUCCACAGAUCUCUCCAAAGCGUCGUCUCUGUCGGAGCAGCUCCUGCAGGGCCGUGAGGAGGGGGCGGGGCUAAACAUGGAGUGUCGUAUCUGUGGCGACAGAGCUUCAGGAUUCCACUACGGCGUUCAUGCCUGUGAGGGAUGCAAGGGAUUUUUCCGGAGGACUGUACGUCUGAAGCUGGAAUAUGAUAAAUGCAACCGCAGCUGUAAAAUACAAAAGAAAAGUCGGAAUAAAUGUCAGUUCUGUCGAUUUCAGAAGUGUCUGUUGCUUGGGAUGUCCCAUGACGCGAUCCGAUACGGGCGGAUGCCAGAGGCGGAGAAGCGUAAGCUCGUGGCGGGUCUGUUAGUUGGGGAAAAGAGCUCUCAGAACGGGUCAGAUCUAAAAUCACUCGCCAAACGGGUCAACAACGCCUACCAGAAGAAUCUGAACAUGACCAAGAAGAAAGCUCGCAACAUCCUGACGGGGAAGACCAACGCAAGCCCGCCGUUCGUCAUUCAUGACAUGGACUCGCUGUGGCAGGCGGAGAACGGGCUGGUCUGGAAUCAGGUGAUUAACGGAGCUCCGCCCAAUAAGGAGAUCGGCGUGCACGUGUUUUACCGCUGUCAGUGCACGACCGUGGAAACCGUACGAGAACUCACAGAGUUCUCCAAAAGCAUACCGGGAUUCAUCGACCUUUUCUUGAAUGACCAGGUGACGCUGCUGAAAUACGGGGUCCACGAGGCCAUCUUCGCCAUGCUGCCAUCGCUCAUGAAUAAAGAUGGGCUGCUGGUGGCAAACGGGCGAGGUUUUGUGACGAGAGAGUUCCUGCGCAGUCUCCGCAAACCCUUCAACGAGAUCAUGGAGCCCAAGUUUGAGUUUGCGGUGAAGUUCAAUGCUCUCGAGCUGGACGACAGCGACCUGGCUCUGUUUGUAGCCGCCAUUAUCCUGUGUGGAGAUCGUCCAGGUCUCAUGAACGUCCACCAGGUGGAGGAGAUCCAGGACAACAUCCUCCAGGCCCUGAAUCAUCACCUGCAGCUCAAUCAUCCCGACGCCAGCUUCAUCUUCCCCAAACUGCUGCAGAAGCUGGCAGACCUGCGCCAGCUGGUGACGGAGAACGCCCUGCUGGUGCAGAAGAUCAAGAAGACGGAGUCCGAGACGUCGCUGCACCCGCUGCUGCAGGAGAUCUACAGGGACAUGUACUGAGCCAAAACCAUUCCAGGAGGAUCACUGUGACCUCCAGCUCUCGGCCAAUCAGCGCAAACUGAACUCUAAUCCUGACCGGGUCACCUGUGGCGGGGCGAUGCGUUUGUGCGGAUCAAAGAGAAGUCAGCGAAACAGAAUAUUGUGCUGUUAGCUGUUUAAACAGAACGGCUACAAUAUCUUUUUUUUUGUUGCUGUAAACUAUGUCAAAUUGCAGCAGUGCAUUCCUAUUCAUGAUGGGGGAGCGAUACAGUGGUUUUUAAGGCUACGUUUACACCACAACGAUGUAGACAAAAACAGUUUUUAAAAAGUAUACACGUCAACAUAUUCAAAUCAAUUAGCAUUUACACAUUCACGAAAACGCUGUAUUACGUAUGGCAGGCCAUUAAUUGGCACUGUCACUGUGUAAGUAAACGAGGGAAGUGAUGAUUAUAUGAUGCCUCUCCGCUGUUGGUUGUAAUAUUGGUGAAGUAAAUCCACACUUUGCUGAAGAAGCGUUAGCAAACUCUUGAGCAGCAACAACAGUACCAAACUCCACCAUUGUUGUGUAUGUUUGUUCGCGCUUGUAUUUAAAAUUGACACGUACUGAAAAUUAUGUUUUCGAUCUGCGUUUUCAGUCUCUAAAACGCUGUUGUCGUGUAAACAAACAGGCAAAAUGCAUAAAAAGUUUCUCGAUUUUGGCUGAAAACGUUGUGUAAACGGUCCCUAACUCAGUAAGGCACCUGCGAAAUACGCGACAAAAGCUAUUUCGCCAUCUGAAGUUAAAUACCAAAGGUUGCUGCUAUAAGUCAUUUAUUAGCCAUUUGGUUACCUCCAUUUUAAUUUGCUUGGGUCGUUCACAAACUAGCCUUUUGUUAUGCUGCUGAAAAAGCCAAAAACACACUACGCAAGUACACUAACGUCCCAUUUAAACGUAUGUUUUUGUGUUCAUGUGAAGAUAACAAACCUCAGCCCUGAAGGGUGUGUUAGAGUGUCUUUCGAAGGACUGUAGGGUUAUUAAACAAGAUGUGUUGUUUUUCUACUAGCUACAUACAGUAUAAACACGUUUAACUAAAUUGACUAAUCUGCUCACUGAGAUUCUCUUCAAACUCUUGCUCUUGACAGCAGUUGAGCUGACUGUAAUGCUAAUGCUCCCUAUAGCGCCCCUUGUGGCAGCAUUGAGAAUGCAACAAAGUAUUGGAUUAUUUAGUUGUGGAUCGAAUCGUUAUGAAACGCAUUAUAUAUUAAAAUGACGCUUAAACCAAAUGACACUUAAAAAAAUAAUGCUUAAACCAGCCUAUGAUGGUUUGCUGGUCUUACCUGGUCUCCCAGCCUCACCUGCCCAAAACCUAGGUAGUUAGGAGGCUAAGACCAGUUUAGGUUGGUCUUCCCUAAUCGCGAAUAACUGAUGCAACUUCAUUACAACCUGCAAACCUCAAGCUUUCCAUCUUUGAUUGUUCUUCUUUAUAUUUGCGUUUUUGAGAAAUUAUACUGUAAUCAAAUUUAUAUAUAGUUCAGAUCAGUGAUUAAACAUCUGACUCCAGAGUUUAUAUUAAUAUAAUUUAAUAACGCCUGAUGAGGUAGUUUGAUGAAUCCGAGGCUGCGACGUCACCAAAUGAGCAUAUCAUUGUGUAAAGCUGUUCCUGUGUCGACCUUUGACCUUUUCCCAUUGUAGAACUCAGUCUGAUGUUGUUUCCCGUGUGUGUGUGUGUGUGUGUGUGUGUGUGUGUGUGUGUGUCAUGGCUGUGCUGCUAACUGGUUCCUGACAUGCUGUGAAUCUGUGUGUGAAGGGAGAUGAGCGCGGGUGAAAUGUGUCCAUGUGUUUCUGUCACAGUAAUAUGAAUGAUGUGAACACGUUCCUCCAUCUGAACUGAAGGACCGUUGAUGCUUUCUGAAGAACAUCUGAAUAAAACUACAGGGUAAAACAUCA